UGUCCAACAUGGCGGGCGGCAGCGGCUGCGGGAGCCCUGCCGGGGGCGGCCCCGGGAGCUCCGGUCCCUCCGCGGGGGCUCCGCUGCCCACGGGGUUCCUCCUGCCGCCGGUCCUCCUUCUCCUCCUCCUGCCGCAGCCCGCCCUCGCCACGCCCGCCCUCGACACCGUAGUGCUGGGGCUGCGGCUGGAAGGCAGCACGAAACCUCCCGAGCCCGUGGCCGGGGUGGCUCCGGGGCCCAUCCGGCUCACGGAGGGCAGCGAGGCCCUGCUCCGGCUCUACGGGCUGGGGUUGGGCCCGGGAGCCGCGGAGCGUGUGGCCUUCGCCGAGCUGAGGCCGGAUGCCAUCCCGGCCGUGAACGAGACGUGCGGGGAGCGCUCGCAGGACCUGCUGGUGCGGCCCGGCCCCACCGAGCCCCGCGACACCUCGGCGCUGCUGUGGCUGCGGGUGCUGCCCCUGCGCAAGCACGAGAAAGCCAAGGCCUACGUGCUGUGCUCGCAGCGCCGGCCUGACCAGCCCUGGCUGCCGCACCAGGGACCCGAUGGGCAGGUGGUGGUCCUGGAAGAGAAGAAGUCCCUGCUGCCGCUGUGGCUGCAGGUGAUUCUCAUCGCCGCGUUGCUGGGGCUGUCCGGGAUGUUCAGCGGGCUGAACCUGGGGCUGAUGGCACUCGACCCCAUCGAGCUCCGCAUCCUGCAGAACUGCGGCUCGGAGAAGGAGCGACGCUAUGCCCGCAGGAUCAGCCCCAUACGGAAGAAAGGAAACUACCUGCUCUGUUCGCUGCUGUUGGGCAACGUGUUGGUCAACACGACCCUCACCAUCCUUCUGGAUGACCUGACUGGCUCCGGCGUAGGCGCCGUGGUGGCCUCAACCGUGGGGAUCGUGAUCCUCGGGGAGAUUGUUCCCCAGGCGUUGUGCUCCCGGCACGGGCUGGCUGUGGGUGCCAAGACCAUUCUGGUGACCAAGUUUUUCAUGCUGCUCACGCUGCCCCUGUCCUACCCCAUCAGCAGACUGCUGGACUGCAUCCUGGGCCAAGAGAUCAGCACCGUUUACAACCGGGAGAGGUUCCUGGAGAUGCUGAAGGUGACGGAGUCUUUCAAUGAUCUGGUCAAGGAGGAACUGAACAUGAUCCAGGGUGCGCUGGAGCUGCGCACCAAGACCGUAGAGGACGUGAUGACCCCGUUGCCCAACUGCUUUAUGAUCAGCAGCGAUGCCGUCCUGGACUUCAACACUAUGUCUGAGAUUAUGCAGAGCGGGUACACCCGGAUCCCCGUCUACGAGGGCGACAGGGCGAACAUCAUGGACAUCCUCUACGUGCAGGACCUGGCCUUCGUGGACCCCGAUGACUGCACUGCCCUCAAGACCAUCACCAAGUUUUACAACCACCCUGUGCACGUUGUGUUCCAUGACACCAAGCUCGAUGCCAUGCUGGAGGAGUUCAAAAAAGGGAAAUCCCACCUGGCCAUUGUGCAGAAGGUGAACAACGAGGGGGAGGGGGAUCCCUUCUACGAGGUGCUGGGGCUGGUGACCCUGGAGGAUGUGAUCGAGGAGAUCAUCAAGUCCGAGAUCCUGGAUGAGUCUGACACCUACAUCGACAACCGCAGCCGGAAGCGCGUGACCAACCAGAAGAACAGGAGGGACUUCUCGGCCUUCAAGGACCCCGUCAGCGAGCAAAAGGUCAAGGUAUCCCCUCAGCUCCUCUUGGCUGCCCACAGGUUCCUCCUGACUGAGGUGCCACUUUUCAGCCCUACCCUCAUGUCAGAGAAGAUCCUGCUGCGGCUCCUUGGAUAUUCUGACGUCAUCCAGGAGCUUAAGUUCAAUGAGGAGGACAAGAAAUCCCCCCAGCACUACCUCUACUGCAAGAACAAGCCUGCUGACUACUUCAUCCUCAUCCUGCAGGGCAAGGUGGAGGUGGAGGCUGGCAAGGAGUGCAUGAAGUUUGAGGCGGGACCGUUUACCUACUACGGGGUGAUGGCCCUCAGCCCCCCUCCUGGAUCUGAAUUCCGGUCCCCAUCCCGUGGAAGCGGCCUGGCCCGCUCGGCCUCCCUGAGCAACCACGAGCGCUCCGAGUCCAUCUCGUCGGCCGUGAGCAGCAGCACCAACCAGCUCAGCGGGACUGGGAACCAGUACGUGGCUGAUUUCAGCCUCCGGGCACUGACCGACCUCCAGUUCGUCAAGAUCACACGCCAGGAGUACCUGAACGGCCUCACAGCCUCCCGCAUGGACAGUUGUCCCCAGUCCCCUGACAGCAACAACUCCCCCAGACCGGGCCCCGACAAUCCAGAGAGACCAGAGCCUUCGGCCCCCGCAGAUGAGACCACGAGCCUCCUGAACGACAGGAACUGCCAGGGCCGCCGGAGCAACCACAGUUCCACGGAGAACAACAACGUCUGACCCCGGCCAGCGCCGGCGCGCUCCGGAGGGCCCGGGGCGUGCCCGGUGCAGGGACCCCCAUCCCGGCAGGAAUUGGCUGCCACUGGAAUAUGAGCCAGGAGAAGUGACAACAGCACAGUGAAGAAUGGAGGAGCUGGAAUUUGC